GUUAAAGUUUAUCAACGCGCCUUGAAUUUGUAAAAACACGUCUGCUCUAGCAUCUUGAUCUUUCUUCUUAAUCAUUUCCAUAGACUAGUUAACAUAGCAAUGUCUGUCGUGGGUGUCGACUUCGGUACUCUUCACAGCAAGAUCGGUGUCGCAAGAAAUCGAGGUAUCGAUAUCAUUGCAAACGAAGUUUCCAAUCGUGCAACUCCAUCUCUCGUUGCAUUCGGCCAGAAACAACGUGCUAUCGGCGAAUCUGCAAAAACUCAAGAGACUUCAAAUUUCAAGAAUACGAUAGGAUCUCUCAAAUGUCUCAUCGUAGAGAAGAAAUUUCUCAAUGCAACCCUCGUCGAUGUCGGAGGAACAGUCGGCACCCAGAUAAUAUAUCGCGGUGAAAAACAGACUUUUUCUGCGACUCAGCUCGUUGCAAUGUAUCUCGGAAAGCUGCGUGAUAUCACCGCAAACGAGCUCAAGACCGCAGUCUCUGAUCUCAUUGCUGGUCUCAACGCUCUUCGUCUCAUUAACGAUACCACUGCUGUCGCUCUCGGUUACGGUAUCACAAAGACUGAUCUCCCCGACCCAGAAAACCCACGGCACGUCAUGUUCGUUGACGUUGGCCAUUCCUCCAUGUCUGUCUCAGUCGUCGCAUUCGCCAAAGGGCAAUUAACAGUCAAAGCAGCCGCGUACGAUCGCCACUUGGGUGGUCGUGAUAUCGACUACGCUCUCAUCCAGUACUUUGCUGAUCAGUUUAACGCCAAAUACCACAUCGACGUCCUCUCCAGCCCCAAAGCAACCUUCCGUCUCGGCGUCGGUUGCGAGAAACUGAAAAAGGCUCCCUUGAACGUCGAAUCACUCAUGAACGACAUUGACGCCUCAUCCAAGCUCAACCGUGAAACAUACGAAGAGCUUAUCUCAGGCGUCCUCGACCGCAUCGCCGUGCCCCUCCAACAAGCCCUCGUCGAAUCUGGAAUUAGCAUCGAUGCCAUCGACGCCGUCGAGCUCGUCGGUGGUACCACCCGUAUCCCAGCAGUCCGCGCCCGCAUCCAAGCUGCCCUCGGAGGCAAGACUCUCUUCACUACCCUCAACCAAGAUGAAGCCAUCGCCCGCGGCGCCACAUUCGCCGCCGCAUUCCAAUCCCCCACCUUCCGCGUGCGCGAGUUCCACGUGCACGACAUCGCUCAGUACCCCAUCAAGAUGAUGACAACUGAGCUCGUCGUUUUCCCCCGUGGGAAUGGUAUCCCGUCUACCAAGAUCCUCACGUUCUACCGCAAGGAGCCGUUUGAGAUCGAUGCUCAGUAUGUGGACCCUGCAGGCCUGCCUGGAGGUAUCAACCCGUGGAUCGCACGAUUCACUGCAGAAGCUGUCCCGCCUUCCUCAGAUGGCGACCUCACGUGCAUCAAGCUAAAGACAGCGGCUGAACUUGCACGGGAUCAUGUGGAAGAGCGUGAGGAAGCAAUGGAAGUUGAUGGAGAGGCACCGAAGAAGAAGCGAGUUGUGAAGAAGAAUGAGAUUCCGUUCUCUACUCGCACUUCGUCGCUUGACCCUAGCGUUAUCGAGAAGCUGAAAGAGCAGGAGGCGGAGAUGCAUGCUGCUGAUAAGCUUGUCAUGGACACCGAGGACCGCAAGAACGCGCUUGAGGAAUAUGUCUACGACAUGCGUGCCAAGCUCGACGAGCGCUACUCAUCCUACGUACAGGCCUCAGAAAAAGAGAAGCUCAUGGGCAUGUUCCAAGAAGCCGAAGACUGGCUCUACAGCGAAGAAGGCGAAGACGCCACCAAAAGCGCCUAUGUCGCUAAACUCGACACCCUCAAAGCAGUCGGCGACCCCAUCGUCACGCGCUACCGCGAAGCCGAAGACCGCCCCAAAGCCAUGGCCCACCUCCGCGCAGCCCUCAACGACUACAUCAGCCAAGCUACCUCCUCAGACGAGAAAUUCGCGCACAUCUCUGAGAGCGAAAAACAAAAAGUCGUUGAAAGAUGCGCGACGGUUCAAAAGUGGCUUGAUGACCAGACUGCACGCCAGGCUGAGAGGCCGAAGAAUGUUGAUCCUGUUUUGACGAGUGCGGAGAUUUUGAAGAAGAGGGAAGAUGUGGUUUACUUUGCGGUUCCGAUUUUGACGAAGGUGAAGCCUAAGCCUGUGAAGUCGGAGGGUACGCCUUCGGGGACGCCCAAUAAUGGGACGGGGACGCCGCAGAGUGGGACGCAGACGCCUGAUCCUGGUGCGCAGGGGCCUUCGAAGGGGGAGGAGGAAGUUCCUGGGCCGCCGGAGAUGGAUGUUGAUUAGAGGCUUUCGAUGAACAUGUUUCGAGUCGAUUCGCAUUUUCUCCUCUGAAAAUCAGCCGUAAUUGUCCGGGUUGUUUUGAUUAGAACAUGAUGAUGCGUAGAGCAUAUACAGUAACGCAAUAUAGUGUACUACUAUCGUUUGACGUCUAUUUUCUUUUUGUCUUGAGUCAGUCGAGUACAGUGUACAC